GUUGGGUGCGCGGGGCGGUGGCGGCGGCGGCGGCGGGCGCUGAGGGGAGGCAGGAAAAUGGCGCUGACGCAGGGGACGAAGCGCAAAGUCUGCUACUACUACGAUGGUGACGUUGGGAACUACUAUUAUGGCCAGGGACAUCCCAUGAAACCCCACAGGAUCCGGAUGACCCACAACCUGCUGCUGAACUACGGCCUCUACAGGAAGAUGGAGAUCUAUCGUCCUCACAAGGCGAACGCAGAGGAGAUGACCAAGUACCACAGCGACGACUACAUCAAGUUCCUGAGGUCCAUCCGCCCGGACAACAUGUCUGAGUACAGCAAGCAGAUGCAGAGAUGUGAGUUGGGGCUGCAGGUCCCUGCCGAGGUUACAAAAAAACACCCUCCCCACCCUGGAUCUGGGGAAUCUGAGGCCAAUCGUGGAGGGAACGUGGCCAGGUGCUGGACCUAUGAGACUGCCGUGGCUUUGGACACCGAAAUUCCCAAUGAGCUCCCCUAUAACGACUAUUUUGAGUACUUCGGGCCAGACUUCAAGCUCCACAUCAGCCCCUCCAACAUGACCAACCAGAACACCAACGAGUACCUCGAGAAGAUCAAGCAGCGCCUCUUCGAGAACCUGCGCAUGCUCCCCCACGCCCCCGGGGUGCAGAUGCAGCCCAUUCCCGAGGAUGCUGUGCAGGAGGACAGCGGAGAUGAAGAGGAAGAUGACCCUGAGAAACGCAUCUCAAUCCGCAAUUCCAACAAGAGGAUAUCCUGCGAUGAGGAAUUCUCUGACUCCGAGGACGAAGGGGAAGGGGGGCGCAAAAACGUCGCCAACUUCAAGAAAGCCAAGCGUGUGAAGGCAGAGGAGGAGAAGGAGGAGGAGGAGAAAAAAGACGAGAAGGAAGAGGAAAAAGUGAAAGAGGAGAAAGCAGAACCCAAAGGGGCGAAGGAAGAGCCAAAAUCCACCUGAGCUGGACGGGCCUGUCCGUGCGUAGUUUGUCGUAGGUUUUUAGCUCCCGGGUUGCCUCCUAUUCCACAGGAUUUAUAUUUUAUAUAUGUUUCUGUAUAUAUUUCUAUAUAAUUGUAUAAAUGACUUGAGGACUGUAAAUUAUUCCUUGCUGCACUCCUUGCUGGGAGCAGAGGGGAGGAUUCUGCGGAGCAGCCAGACCUGCACUGCCCAGAUUUGGUGACUGGGAAGUUUCACUCUUUGCCUUCCACUGCCUCCUUAGUGUGUCUCUAAACAAAACAACAACAACAAAAAAA